GUAGGCGCGCGUGAUCAGUUAGCUUCACAGAAGCAGAAGCUGCUAAAAGUAUCAGCUGGUGGUAUCGGGUGGUUAUGGCUUUCUCUCUCCCCUCUCCUCCGCUCAAACUUCCGACCUCAUACGCUUCAUCCACGGUCAACAAUCACACCCUCUCCGCCUCCGCAACAAGCAUAAGAAACACUAGGAAAGGACUAUCACUCAGACGAACAUUUGUCGUAAAAGCUUCAGAAAAGGACGAUGAAAAUCCGUCGUUUAAUCCUUUUGGUUUCGUCACUGAUAAUCCGUCAAGCCGAAGCGCAAUUCAACUUCCUGAGAAUCCGGCCGAGGACGGCAACGUCGGUCAGAUGCUCUACAGAAUAGAAGAUAAGGGAAGGGAAUAUGGUUCUUACAUCAAAUCUGGAGGCUUUAGAUGGUUUGUCAGAGAAACAGGAUCAUCUGAUGCCAGGCUUGGUCCACGUGGAACUGUUGUUUUCCUCCAUGGUGCUCCAACACAGUCUUACAGCUAUCGAGUUGUGAUGUCUCAGUUGGCAGAGGCUGGGUUCCACUGUUUCGCGCCUGAUUGGAUAGGAUUUGGUUUCAGUGACAAGCCACAACCAGGAUAUGGCUUUGACUACACUGAAAAAGAGUACCAUGAACAACUGGAUAAAUUGCUUGAUGUCUUGGAGGUCAAAUCUCCUUUCUCGCUAGUGGUUCAGGGAUUUCUUGUAGGUUCUUAUGGAUUAACUUGGGCUUUAAAAAAUCCAAGCAGAAUAUCCAAACUUGUAAUAAUGAACACUCCUUUGACAGCUUCAUCUCCUGUCCCAGGGCUAUUUCAACAGCUCAGAAUUCCACUGCUUGGUGAAUUCACUUGCCAAAAUGCUAUAAUGGCUGAGCGCUUUAUUGAAGCAGGUAGCGCCUAUGUCCUGAAGGUGGAAAAGGCUGAUGUUUAUCGACUGCCAUAUCUGAAAAGCAGUGGACCUGGAUUUGCUUUGCUUGAAGCUACUAAAAGAGCAAACUUUAAAGGGACUUCAGGCCAAAUAGCUGAUGGGUUUGCAUCCGGGAGGUGGGAUACACCAAUAUUAGUUGCAUGGGGGAUAUCGGACAAGUAUCUUCCUCAGUCAAUUGCAGAGGAGUUUCAAAAAGGAAACCCAUCUGCAGUGACUGUGAAGUUAAUAGAAGGGGCUGGUCAUAUGCCUCAAGAAGACUGGCCUGAGAAAGUGAUUGAUGCUCUGAGAUACUUCCUUUGAUUAUGAUACCGUUGUAAGUUUACCAUCAUUCACACCUCAUAGUUACUCAAUAUAUGUAAUUAUAAACCUUCUUUCACUGCCAUGGAAACACUCAUCUGUGUUGUAUAUACAUUUUGUCAUAUAAUGUAAUGUCUGAUUGCAAAGCAGACAAGUGUCUCGAAACUUAUAUGACAAUACAACUAGUCAGAAUGCAAUGAAACUAGAAACCCCUUGAAUGAUUAAUCAAGUUAAUAAUCGAUAUACGAUAUAAGAUUCCUAAAAAUCUCUUAAACAUCAAUCCUUUCAUUAUAUGAAGAAUUUUAAAAAAUCUUUUGAAACUAAGGAAAUUUUUUUUUUUUCUGAAACAUACCAAAAUACCAUUCUUUUUCGUUUUCUUUCCAUCAAUACAUUAAAAUUUUAAACAGCCCCAGUGCAUUUUAAGUUUUUUGAACUAUUUGGGUUUUGCUAAACUCAGUUCAUAAUUUCAAAUUCCAUUCGAGUUUAAACAACGAUGAAAGAGAUGCAUUUCUACCUACAUAUCCAAAUCAGAGAUUAGUACAGCAACAACCUCUUUCAACAAACAGCCAGAGAUACACAAAAGAAGGUUACAAGUGGUUAGUUGGCUGCAAAAAACAAUGGUUACAAAAACACAGGUUCUUCAAAAA